AUAAACUUAUUAAAUAGAAAUAUGCCCGGUUUUAUUGUGAACGCGGUUUCUGGGCAUAUUUGGAGCCUGAGAUAUGGUUUGACAACAGUCGGGAAUACAAAUUGUGACAUUUUGAUUAAUGAUGACUUAGCUGAUCAACAACAUGCUGUUGUGCAAUACAAUGCCCAGUCAACCGAUUUCUCGAUAAGGGACCUCAAUACUUCCCAUGGAAUAUUUCUUAAUAACUCGAAUUUCAGAAACGCAACCUCACCCUUGACGCACGGAGACUCAAUAGCCUUUUCAGAAAAUGGACCAUUGUUUAUAUUUUGCAAUGCUCAGUCCCCCAAUGAUGCGUUGCUGUAUGUACAGAGGUACCAAUCUUCCAACCCAAAGACUGAAGUCUCUUUACCCAUCAUCCCCAACCUCCCGGUCUCAAUGCCCCAACCUCAGAUGACAUUCACGCAUGACAUGGCACUCAAAGACAGGUGGGCAGUACAGACCCAGAGCGGAGCCUGGACUCAAAUAGCACCCAUACCUCCUCCCAAGCCACCUAUGUACAGUAUGAGGGGGAGGCCCUCCAGUGCUAGUUCGGUGUCGCGGCUGGUUCGACAGCCUGCAAUUAUACCUCAGCAUCCACCCCCUAGGACACAAAACACAUCUCAAGGUUCCAAUAUUCGCAACCAGUACCAGUUCACAGCUACCAGCAACUCCUCUGGGCAUGGCCAGGUAUCCCCGGAGGUCGUGGAGUCCAUCGCCAGACAGCUCAACUCCAGGUCCAACAGCAGACACGACAGUGGCAGUCUCAACGAGACAUUCAACGUCGACACUAGUGGAACCAAUUUACAUACUCAGUCAGCGGAGCUGGAGAAUGAGAACCGUAUCCUGGCGGAGCAGCUGCAGAUGUUGCGGGAUGAUCUGAGUCAGAAGGAGGGACGCAUUGCCUCCCUACACGCGGCCACUGAUUCAGCCUCCGACAUGAUAAAGGAGCGAGAGAGACAGAUGGUCGAAUUGAAGCAGAAGUUGGAUGCAACACAGCGGCUCUACGACGAAUUGCGCGCAGAGAAAACGGAAGAGGUCGCCGGUCUGCGAGAUCACAUAAUGUCAGCCGAACGAGAAUCACAAGACGCUAAGGAAAAACUAUCGACUGCUGAGACCGAAAACGAUCUUCUCAAAGAGGAACUGGAAUCGCUAAGAAAAGAAGCCGAGAAGUCAAAUGAAUUUGACGCUGAAAAAGAACGAAUAACGGCGUUGCAUGAUCAAGUCGUCAACGACUUGAAUGCAAAAUAUAAUGAUUUAAAACAGUUCGUGGACAAAUUGAAGUCUCAUUGCGUCUUGGGAGAGGAAGAAGCGGAACAGGAGUCCUUUGAUGGAAUCCUAGCCUAUGUCGACAGUCUCAAGUCAAGCAAUGAUGAGAAAGAGACGGCACUUAACAACGAAGUGAACAAGCUACAGAUCCUAGAAAACGAAGUGAACACAGUGCUCGAAAAAGUUAAUAGCAGUUGCACUGAUCUCAACUCUUUGAAUUUUUUUCUGGAAACAAACGACGAAGACAGUCCAAGUGCACCAAUUGCUUCUAAGAUUAAAGAUGUCCUUGUCAAAGUGUUGUCGGCAGUCAGCGACUCCCAGGUGUCUGUUGAUACGAAUGCCUCGUUGAAUGACAUAGUAGCUUGUUUGAAUGACAACGGUUUGAAUGUCGAAGAAAACGCCUCCUCAGAUGCCAUUAAAUCUUGCUUAAGAGAGUUCUUUGAAAGUCAUUGUCAGCUCAAAUCCGAUUUUGAUAGCCUGAAUGAACAGCAUGAGAUUGUAUGCAAAGAAAAAGAAGAAAUGGCUGAAAAGUUUGAGUCGGAGAUGACCAUUAAAAUGGAAACAAUCAAAACAGGAUGGAUUGCAGAGAAACAAAGUGAAAUCGAUGAUUUGACAAAUGCUAAAACUGAUUUGGAAGCACAGGUUCAAGCUCAAUCGGAGGCCUUGGAAGCAUCCAGAGAAGAAAAUGAGAAUCUGUUCAUAUCGUGGAAAAUUGAGUUCACGGAAAGUCAUGCCAAGGAGAUUGAGAAAAUAAUUGCAGAAAAAGAAGCUGAAAUUCACGACUUAAAACAGACACAUCUACAAGAAGUUGAGACUCUCAAUGGCGAGAAAUCCAAGGCGGAAGAGGACAUGAAUGCGAAGAUUGAUGAAAUGAAUGCUAAAAUAUCUGAGCUGGAGACGGCAGUCACUGAGCAGGAGAACAGUAUUUCCCAGCUAACAGAGUCCCACAAGACAGUUUCAGACGAGAAAGACUCGCUGCUACUUCAAAUUGAGCAACUCCAGACUGAGAAAUCAACCCUAGAAGAAGCCCUUCAAGCAAAAGAGGCUGAACUCGAAGCCUUGAACGAGCAACAGGGUAGAGAAUCAGACGAGACUUUUAGGAUGGUGAAACUGGAGUGUCAAGAACAUGCCAAGACUAUAGUCAAGCUGGAGGAGAAGAUCAUCGCUCUGAGUCAGGAGAACGAAGAGAACAUUAAAAUGCGAGAGAGUGCAGUUACUGAGAAAGAAGAGACUAUAGCCAAGUACACACGUGAUAAGCCGAAGAUCCCUCCGAAGCCAGCCUCCAUCGCCCCCGUACGCACUAUGGAAGACCUGCAUGCGCUGGAACAACUGGUGCUGCUGCUAAGGGGUGAGUUGUCAGAGGCAAAGAAACAAUUGAAGGACAAUGAAACUGUGAUUGAGGGUCUCGCCAGGGACUUAGCAGGCGCAAAUGCACGACUCAAUGAUGUCGCCGGUGAGCUGAGUGAGUCUCAGAAGGAGGAGGUGGAGAGGAGUCAGGCUCUAGUUAGAGAUCUGGAGGUCCAGUUGGCAUCCAUCAAAGUACAAGUAGACAGCGCCCUGGCCCAGAAGCACCAGAUGACACAAGAUGUGGAGCAGCUCACGGUGGAGCUACAGAAUUCGAAGCAGAUGGUGGAGCAAUUGAAGACGCAGUUGGGGGGCAAGGAAAGCGAGUUGGUUGAAAUGAGGAAACAGCUGUUCGAACAGGUGCAGAUUAAUGAACGACAGAUGGCAGUGCAGAAAGAACAGACGAGAAUAGCGGAGGAGUUGUCUGGAAUGGGAGCCCAGUGCAAGGGGGAGAGACAUCUGCAAGUGAUGCAGCGACAGAAGGAGGCACUCUCCGAUCUCAGACACCGGAUCAAACUCCUAGAACAGAACAGACCGCCCAUUCCCACUGCUGACCAAGCAUUAGGCCAAGUUGCGCUUCUGCAGCGCGAACUGGCAGAAUUAAAGGCACAACAAGGUGCCGGAUCCGGUCAAGACAUCCCAGGACUAGACAUUGACGACGAAGACUUCAUGGACGCCGACUCCGGAGAGGUCAAGAAAGGCCGCGGUAAGAUCGAAGAGGCACUUCUGAAAGCAAACAGAGUCGAAAAUGCAGAAGCACUUGACCUCAGUGAAAAGAGCUACUUUAGUCUGACCAAGUCUUUAGCUCGAAGGCUGGGUUUGGAGAACAUGAACGGGAAUCGAACCUUAGCCCAUAUUUCAAGAGACGAGAGGGAAAAGUUAUUUGUGGAACGAGAGAAAGAUAUUGAGCAGAUUAAUUCAAACGUGGGUGCCCUGCAGUCGCGAGUUGAACGAAAAGACGAAUUGUUGAAUACAUACGAGAAAGACCUGAACAAACUUAGAGAGAUGGAGGCUAUUGCUGCCCAGAAGCAGAAAGAAGUGCUCAAAGCUAAUGCAGACCUGCGGGCGAAGAAAGAGGAGAUCGAGUUCAUCCGGGAGGCUCUUAGGAGGACGAAGGAGGACUACGAAAGAGAGAAGAGACUCAAUGUUGCAAUAAAGAGUAAAAAGGGUGAGUUCUUGGAGCAGUUUGAGAAGCAGGCACAGCAGAACAAAAGUGGCAUGCAGGGUGUGAACAAGACGGGUCAUAGUUGUGUGCCUGAAGAUGUGAUGGGCAAGGACAGCAGACGCAAGAGGGAGGAGAACGAACGCCUCAAGAAGAAAAGCUACGAGGUGGAGAAACUCAAGGAGCUUCUUAAAGAGAAGGAGAACCAAAUAUCGGAGUUAUCGGUCAAAGUAGUCAACUAUGAAAGCACCGCGGAAGCUCAUUGACAACAUCCGACUGAAAACUGGCCACAAAAAUGAUCCUAUCUGUCCUUAAUGCAGCAAACUUUUGAUGGUUUCUGUCUUCGGUCUAUUCUAUCGAAUCAAAUUGACUUUAUUAUGAAAGUACAACCGUGUUUUAGAUCAAAAGCAUUGUGCAUAUUUGUAUAUAAUUAAAUAAAAUUAUUAUAUGUGUACAUACUGUUUAGUUAAAAACUGAAUUUUUGUCAAAGA